UCGCGGUCAAUAAUAGUUGUUGUCUACUUGUUGAUCGAUCGUACCUCAUCAGCUCUGUUCGAAUUAUUCUCACAUCAGUGACCAUUCAUCAGUUGCAACUUAUCUAUACUUUGCUUGUUGUUCAAUCUUCAUUGCUGCUGUAUCUGACUCUUGGACAUACUGAAGUUCAGCGGAUCCACAGACGUGUGGUGACUUUAGCUACUGCCCUCAGUAGACAUGCUGAGUCGCUUGUACUGGGCCCCAAGCUCAAAAUCCCUCUCGAAAUGGAUUUCCCAGCCAUGCAGAACAUUCGCCCACUGGGACAAGAGAGUUGUGGAUAACUACAAGCCGCUACGGAAUAACAAGGCAGAUGUAUUGAGUGACCCUAAUUAUCCGUAUAAGUUUGACAACUAUCACCCAGAUGGCAUCUAUUACCGACUGUAUAUUCACAAAUCUGGACCCCGGGAAUGGGGCAAGUUCCGCAUGGACUUCUCUGGUUACGAGAAAGCACUGGCAGUCUGCCAGGGUGGUAUGGUGAAUGUGGCCACAUUGCCAGCACGUUCCGGUGAGUUUGUUGACCCAGCACCGGCACCACCCAAGUACGAGAAGGGAAGUUGGUGGGAGAAGCUGGAACAAGAGAAGGACUGGGAGAAAUGGAGAUGGUACCAUCCGAAGAUGUUGCCCACGGACAAUGACCGUCCACCAUCCUUUUUCUCCAUGAACCAAGCACUCUAUGAUGUGAUGCCUGGCACAAAUCAGAAGUGGGCGGACGCCUGGAAGGUGUGGAAGAAAGAAGGGCGUGACCAGGCCAAACUGAUUUUCUCAAGGUUCUAUCUCAAGCUCAAUUCACGCUACCAGAUGUGGUAUCACGAGGGUGGCUUUGACCAGGAGAAGUUCUUACAAGAUGCACUGAACACCUACGUACUGGCACACCAGGCCGCGCGUGACAAGAAGUAUGACAUGUUGAAGGAUGUCGCUCUUGAGUUGGAGUGUGGUCGCCUCACGAAACGCUUUGGCCAUUAUCGUCAGCUUUGGCGCUGUUGGAGUGUCACAGAGAAGCCGACCAUUAUUGGCCGCUACUGCCUGCGUUUGGAGACUUUCGGCAAUGCACUAGUCGCCCAGGUAUUUGUUCGGAUCAAAACACGAGAGGAACACGUCGCUUACAGUCGCACUGGUGAACGAUUGGAUGGAGUCGAGGGCAAGCAAGUCGACUUGGACCAAGUGCUGAUCUUGGAGCGUAUGAUUGAAGGUGGUGGUACCCUGACGCGUUGCUGGAGAAUACUGGAGAUUGUCCCAGCAUCUGACAUGGAAAGUUGGAAGGCGACGAGACAUCUCUCUGAGGUGUGAUAUCAGUCUUGCGGCUGAAGGAGACUUAUUGAACUUCUAUGUUUCUUUUUACUUUAACCCUAUGUUAUCAGUGGCAUACUGUAAAUAUAUGGUCAACAAGGAUAUGCAACUUCACAGUGCCUCGCAAUACUUCGAAGUAUAUCCUUGCAGAAUGGCCUGCCAGUAUUGAAUUGCAGCCUCAUUGACUUGACGCAGAAGAAUGUGGUGUUGAACCUUCAAGCUAGAAAACCAGCGGUAUUGAGGGAGUGUGCCAGGCUCAAAGCUUACCAAUGUACAAACAACCGGUGUUAAUCAUGUAAAACUGAGUCCCAUGCCGUAUGCAACUGUGAUUUAUAUUCCAUGAUCCUGAAGCUGCACUGUAUGGUGCCUUUACUACAUCGUGCAACUACAUGCCGCGCCGUGCACUGCCCAGCAUCAUACACCACACGUUCCCUGAGCUUUGAAACCAAAUUUCAAGUUCAUAAACCCCAAAAAUUUGAUAGCGUACAUACUCCAACAAAUCAUCCAAAACGGAUGCUGUAGGAGAGAUUGAAAUCAUUGAUCACAGUUGCA